CGGAGUGGAUGCCCGCUGAGAAGGAAGUUACUCAAGGAUGCUGAGAGUCUUGAUUCUUGCCAGGUCCACGGAACAUGGUCAGACCCUUUGCCCUAGCCACCUAUCAUUGUCUUCACACAGCAGCCAUGUGACGCUUUGCCCAAGUUCACAAGUUGGUCUGAGAAAUACCCCUGCACUGUUGGUCACGGUGAGGGCACUGCCCAUCAUCUUGUCCUCAUUCUUGUUUACUGUAGUUAGGGCUGUUUGUUUUUCUUUAAUGUUUUAUCGGAAAAAAAUUGCUCUCCAAAGACUUAGUAUGAUUCAUCUUAUGAACGGAUAAGUGUUGUAGGGUCAUUAAACAUCUCUGUAGGUCUGAGUCUCUCUCAGAAAGGACUGGCUCCAACCAGACGAAAGGAUGAGAGCUUGUUAAAACAAAGGGAGCUGGCAUAACCUCCUGGGACACGGCCACAUGCAAAAACUCUGUCAAACAAUUAUUAAAUCAUCUCACAGAAUAUUUUAUUCUUAACAUCACCAGUAAUAUCUUUGUGCACGACAAUCUAGGCCUGGGAAAUGGUCAUAAUGUAAGGAAGUGGUUAGGAUUAGGGUGGCCUCCAUGAAAGGCUAUGGAUUGCCAAGAACCAGUCAAAAAAUAUUUCCAUCAAUUCUUGGAGAAUGUCAUACAGUUUAUUUCUUUUUGUACACACACACACACACACACACACACACACACACACACACACCCCACUUCUCCCAGAUCUACCCUUACCUCCCUACCCACUGAACUCAUGCCCUCUUUUUAAAAACAACUCAUUGUGUCCUACUGUGCUGACCGUGCACUUACAGGCGUGGGACCAUCCACUGGAGUAUGGUCAACCAACGGGGGGUGGGGGUGGGGGUGGGCACACUCUUAAAGAGAGCUGACUUCCUUCUCACAGAAACCAUGCACUUGUCAACCCCUCCCCACUUCCAUGCUGAAAUGCGGACUGGCUUGAUCUGGCGCAGCCAGCCUCACUGCUGUGAGUACAGAGUGGUCCUAAGAAUCAGCUCUUGAUAAAUCUGUUGCAUUUGGUUUACACUUUAAUUGUUUUGGACUUGUGAGUUCUUCCUGGACCUGUGACUUGUGGGCUUCCCUUUGUCAUCCUUUGCCUAGGCCUCUGAGUGGGGCAAGGACAGCAAAGGGGGGCUCAGUGGUCACCUCUACUCCAGAGAGCUCUGGGAGCCUGAGCCAAGAACAAGUUCACCUCUGCUUCCAGAGACGAAGUCACCACGUUCCUAAAGAUGUAAGAUCCCAAGCCUGCUUGGAUGGGAAUGUCAAAGACUGAAGCAACGCCAUUUUGAUCCAUUUCUUGUUCAUGGCCAUGAAGCCCAUGUUUUACCUUCAAUGCUUGUUUGCUGAAAUAAACCUAACUGGAAUUCUUUCAGCAACAGAUAACAAAGCUGUUCUAAAUACUUAAGUAUCAACUCAGGAAAGCAUAGCAGGAGGAAGCCAGAGACUCUGAAUUCCCUCACUGAGAUUCUCUUCUUCUUAUAAGGUUUCUUAUAACCUGUGUUGGCAGAUUUCAUCCGAAGCUCUUGAGAACCGUGAGGUCAAGGGCAUUUUCCCUAUUUGUCACUUGUAAUGUUGAUCAGAACUAUGGAAACCUAGCAGAACCUGACCAGCAAACAGUGACCCUGAAUCCUAACAGGGUCUAAAGCCCAGAACUUCACUGGCCACAGAUGGAAAGCAUUCAGGAGAGAAAUUUAGUCUUUAAUUAAUGUGGACAGCUUUUUUCCUAGUCAUUAUCCCUAAACAACAUAGUAUAAUAACUACUAUUGCUAUUGCAUCAUUCAGGUAUUAUAAGUCCUCUAGAGGUGGUUUGAAGCACACGGGAGAAUGUAAAUGCAGAUAAUACACCAUUUUAUAUAAGAGACUUGAGCAUCUUGAAUUUGGUACCCAGGGGGAUAGUGUGAUGUCCUGGAACUAAUCCCCGGUAGAUACCAAAGAACAAUUACGUAACAUGUCCUGGCCAGGCAGGGCUGACAUUUCCAGGUAGGCAAAUUUGUCGUGAAGAGUUCUCUCCCACUCUCCUCUCAGUAUGAUCCCGGCUUCCCAGAAUUCUCCUAUCACCCCCUACUUCCUAGAGCCUACCCUACUGGAUCUAUCACCAAACCUUUCUCUAUUUCUACUGUGUUCUUGAAGAGCCCAAUUAUUUACUUAUUUUAAAGCAGAGGCAGACCCUGGAAAUAAGUCAUUAAAAAUGGGCUAAUAAUGGUCCAUGUUUUCAACCCUAAGAUAAUAUACUGGGGCCAGAAGUGUUUCAGACUUCAGAGUUGAUGAAAUUUUGUCAUAUUUGCAUAACAUUUACAAAUGAUUGUCUCUAAUCAAAAAUAUAUUGAUACCUAAAAUGCUUUCAGUUUUGGAGUUCAGAUAUUUAGAUUGGGCAUGCUUAACCUGUACUGUCUUAUUCCAGGCUCUGGUGACAGUAACCAGAGCAUAUUGCUCCACGUGUAUGCCUCUUCAAGGUCCCAAACGCAAAUGUGUUCUUAUAUUCCAGAUCCAUUGCUCUUCAUGAGUCAAGUAGGGCAUCGUUCCUUUUACAAUUGCUCAUCUGUGAGAUGGUGCUUUGAGCAUUGGUUCGGCAUUGUGAUGCCAGUACCGGAGAUGCCCUGGACUGACCUAGCUCCCCUCUAGCUGCCCAGCCCUCCUUACCCUGGAUCAUUCUUAGAAGACAGCCUCCAGCGUGGGCAUUUCACCCCCAGGCAAGGCAGAAGAGGAGCACUCUUAUCAAUGACUCUUAAAACUCACUCCCAGGUGUUCCUGUGUCAGGUUCUUUACAGGAGUUAGGUCACACGGGAGUGUCGGGGAGCUCACGAGUUUUGAGGUUCUGGAGUUUACAGUGAGGCCGUGAUAUGAAGUUCAAAUGCAAGAAUGAACACAGUCACGCUUCCUCUGACUUAGUUCGCCAGUUGGUCCAGCUGUUGGUCAGCACUAACGCCACAGGGGGAGCCCUGGGGCAGGAAGUGUGUGCUUUUUUGCUGUCUUGGCGCUUAGGACAAGUUGGUGAUGUUCAAGCUGGCUUGUGUGGUUGUGUCGCAGGGCUGGGCCAGGGUGUGCCUGUCGUGGGCCUCGUGGUGGAGGGCGGCCCCAAUGUGGUUUCUGUUGUCCUGGAAUACCUCAGAGAAGACCCUCCUGUCCCCGUGGUGGUUUGCGACGGCAGCGGACGCGCCUCCGACAUUUUGUCCUUUGCACACAAAUACUGCGAAGAAGGAGGAAUCAUAAACGAGUCCCUGCGGGACCAGCUCCUAGUCACCAUUCAGAAAACAUUUAAUUACAGCAAGUCACAAUCACAUCAGCUGUUUGCAAUUAUCAUGGAGUGCAUGAAGAAGAAAGAACUCGUCACUGUGUUUCGGAUGGGUGCUGAGGGUCAGCAAGAUGUUGAGAUGGCCAUUUUAACUGCCCUGCUGAAAGGAACCAACGCGUCGGCUCCAGAUCAGCUGAGCUUGGCACUGGCUUGGAACCGAGUUGACAUAGCACGAAGCCAGAUCUUCGUCUUUGGCCCACACUGGCCGCCACUGGGAAGCCUGGCCCCUCCGGUGGACACCAAAGUCACAGAGAAGGAGAAGAAGCCACCGACAGCCACCACCAAGGGGAGAGGGAAAGGAAAAGGCAAGAAGAAAGGCAAAGUGAAAGAGGAGGUGGAAGAAGAAACGGACCCCCGGAAGAUCGAGCUGCUGAACUGGGUGAAUGCCUUGGAACAAGCCAUGCUGGAUGCUCUCGUCUUAGAUCGGGUUGACUUUGUGAAGCUCCUGAUAGAAAACGGGGUGAACAUGCAACACUUCCUCACCAUCCCGAGGCUGGAGGAGCUUUACAACACCAGACUGGGUCCACCAAACACCCUUCAUCUGCUGGUGAGGGAUGUAAAGAAGAGCAACCUUCCACCAGAUUAUCACAUCAGCCUCAUCGACAUAGGGCUAGUGCUGGAGUAUCUCAUGGGAGGCGCCUACCGAUGCAACUACACUCGUAAAAGUUUCCGGACUCUCUACAACAACUUGUUUGGCCCUAAGAGGGAUGAUGAACCUCCAGCCAAAGGGAAGAAGAAAAAGAAGAAGAAGAAAGAGGAAGAGAUUGAUAUUGAUGUGGACGACCCCGCCGUGAGUCGAUUCCAGUACCCGUUCCAUGAGCUCAUGGUGUGGGCUGUGCUCAUGAAGCGCCAGAAGAUGGCUGUCUUCCUGUGGCAGCGUGGGGAGGAGAGCAUGGCAAAGGCCUUGGUGGCCUGUAAGCUCUACAAGGCCAUGGCCCACGAGUCCUCCGAGAGCGAGUUGGUAGAUGACAUCUCUCAGGAUCUGGACAACAAUUCCAAAGAUUUCGGGCAGCUUGCUGUGGAGCUGUUAGAUCAGUCUUACAAACACGAUGAGCAGGUGGCCAUGAAGCUUCUGACCUACGAGCUCAAAAACUGGAGCAACUCGACCUGCCUCAAGCUGGCUGUGGCGGCCAAGCACCGGGACUUCAUCGCUCACACCUGCAGCCAGAUGCUGCUGACGGACAUGUGGAUGGGAAGGCUCCGCAUGAGGAAGAACCCUGGCCUGAAGGUCAUCAUGGGGAUCCUUCUACCACCCACCAUCCUGUUUUUGGAAUUCCGUACAUAUGAUGACUUCUCAUACCAAACAUCCAAGGAGAAUGAAGAUGGCAAAGAGAAAGAAGAGGAGAAUGUGGAUGCAAAUGCAGAUGCUGGCUCGAGAAAGGGGGAUGAGGAGAAUGAACACAAAAAGCAGAGGAGCAUUCCCAUUGGAACAAAGAUCUGUGAAUUCUAUAACGCGCCCAUUGUCAAGUUCUGGUUUUACACAAUCUCCUACCUGGGCUACCUGCUGCUCUUUAACUAUGUCAUCCUGGUUCGGAUGGACGGAUGGCCCUCCCCUCAAGAGUGGAUUGUCAUCUCCUACAUUGUGAGCCUGGCGUUAGAGAAAAUACGAGAGAUCCUCAUGUCGGAACCAGGCAAACUCAGCCAGAAAAUCAAAGUGUGGCUUCAGGAGUACUGGAACAUCACAGACCUUGUGGCCAUUUCUAUGUUCAUGGUUGGGGCAAUCCUCCGCCUCCAGAACCAGCCAUACAUGGGCUAUGGCCGGGUCAUCUACUGUGUGGACAUCAUCCUCUGGUACAUCCGAGUGUUAGACAUCUUUGGUGUCAACAAAUACCUUGGUCCCUACGUGAUGAUGAUUGGAAAGAUGAUGAUUGACAUGCUGUACUUUGUGGUCAUCAUGCUGGUUGUGCUGAUGAGUUUUGGAGUAGCUCGCCAAGCCAUCUUGCACCCAGAGGAGAAGCCUUCUUGGAAACUGGCCCGAAACAUCUUCUACAUGCCCUAUUGGAUGAUCUACGGAGAGGUGUUUGCAGACCAGAUAGACCUGUACGCCAUGGAAAUUAACCCUCCUUGUGGUGAAAAUCUCUAUGAUGAGGAAGGCAAGCGACUCCCUCCCUGCAUCCCUGGUGCCUGGCUCACACCUGCCCUCAUGGCCUGUUAUCUCCUGGUGGCCAACAUCCUGCUGGUCAACCUACUGAUUGCUGUUUUCAACAACACCUUCUUUGAAGUAAAGUCAAUAUCUAAUCAAGUGUGGAAGUUCCAGCGAUACCAACUGAUCAUGACAUUUCAUGACAGGCCAGUCCUGCCCCCGCCAAUGAUCAUUUUAAGCCACAUCUAUAUCAUCAUUAUGCGCCUCAGUGGUCGCUGCAGAAAAAAAAGAGAAGGGGACCAGGAGGAACGGGACCGUGGAUUGAAGCUGUUCCUCAGUGAUGACGAGUUGAAGAAACUGCAUGAGUUUGAGGAGCAGUGCGUGCAGGAGCACUUCCGGGAAAAGGAGGAUGAGCAGCAGUCGUCCAGUGACGAGCGCAUCCGGGUCACGUGCGAGAGAGUUGAAAAUAUGUCAAUGAGGUUGGAGGAAAUCAAUGAAAGAGAAAAUUUCAUGAAAACAUCUCUGCAGACUGUUGACCUUCGGCUUUCUCAACUGGAAGAGCUGUCAGGCAGGAUGGUGAGCGCUCUGGAGAAUCUGGCGGGCAUUGACAGGUCUGAUCUGAUCCAGGCUCGAUCGCGAGCAUCCUCAGAAUGCGAGGCCACCUACCUUCUGCGGCAGAGCAGCAUCAACAGUGCCGAUGGCUACAGCAUGUACCGCUACCAUUUCAAUGGCGAGGAGCUUCUGUUUGAGGAACCUGCCCUCUCCACGGUUCCAGGGUCGGCGUUCCGGAAAAAAACCUGUUCCUUCCGCGUGAAGGAAGAGGAUGCAAAGUCGCACCUGGACCAGCCGGGCAGCCUGCACCACACCCCGGGCCCCAGCCCGCCCGCCACUCCAGGCCGCAGCCUGCUUGCCCUGGACGGUCCCAUAAGCGCAGAGCCCAGACCGGGACUGGACCCCGGAACCUCCGCUGGCGAACUUGACCUCAAGAGCGCAGAAGCUGCACCGACUAUGAAUGCAGCCGCUGUUGCAGGCACUCAGCUGACGGUCGAAAGCACCCUUUCCCACCAGCUGCGGGAGAGCAAACUCGCGCGCUACUACCCGGGAGACCCUAAUGCCUACAAAACAAUGAAGUCCAGGAGCUUCGUCUAUUCUGAGGGCAGAAAGCUGGUCCGGGGACUCAGCAACUGGGGUGCCGAGUACAGUUCAAUCAUGGACCAAGCAUGGAACUUCCACUCGGCAGAAUGGAAAUGCCAGGUGCAAAGGAUCACGCGCUCGCGCAGCACAGACAUCCCAUACAUUGUGUCAGAAGCAGCGGCGCCAGAUGAGCUUGAAGAUGAGCGCAGCGGUCCUCUCCUGGCUCCUCAGAUCUCCCGUUCCGCCCUCACGGUUGCCGCAGACAGGACUGAAAAGGAAAACUUACUGUCUGUGAAGCCUCACCAGGCUUUAGGAUUCCCCUGUCUACGGUCAAGAAGUCUGCAUGGUCAUCCUAGGAGUGCUGAAGCCACGCCUAGCAGGUUAGACAGGGCAGGACAUGCUGGCAGUGCGAGCAAUUUAGCAGUCCUGUCGGUUGCUCCAGAGGGACAAAAUGCCAAGCAAGAGAAAAGAAACACGGAAACUGAAUGCUAAUCUGUUCUAGGUCUCUGAUUCAAACCACCACCACAAAAACAGAGCAACAGACUCACAACCAGAACCAUGAAUGGGUGCCAUGUUGGUCACCCAAAACAUUAUCGAUGUCCGGAAAUGCUUUCAUUUUAAAAAAUUGAAAAAUAUUUAAACCGUAAUGGACUUACAGCCAUGUCUUGUUAAGCACGUUUUAGUCAACUGUGUUGUUUUUAGUUGGAGUAGAACAGAAUGAAAGGGAUACUGCCAGGUUAGGUUUAUAGGCUUGCCUAUUAUACACAAUCCGGAGAUUCAGACUUCAGUACCACAUGGACUGUGUGUAGUGUGGUACAUCUAUACAGUUGUGAUCCUAGCACUCAUGGGGGUGGAGGCAGCAGAAUCAGAAAGUCAACAGUCAUACUAGGCUCUGUAGCAAGUUCCAGGCCAGUCUGGGCUUCCUAAGACUGUCAAAAACAAACAAAUAA